UAAAAAUCAAAAGUGCAGUCACAAAAACAAUGAAAUCAAUUUUGGUUUUUGUUACUAUUUUGAUAGCAGUUCAAGGUCGUCCCGAACCGCCAAGUCGUUUUCGAUCAGCUGAUCAGUACGGACCCCCGCCGCCAUCUUCGUAUGGCGCUCCUCCCACAGACAAUUACGCUGCCCCAUUGCCUGCCAAACAAACGUUGAUCACGAAAAACGUUUAUGUUCACUUGCCGCCGCAAGAAUAUCCCGAACACGAACCGGAAAAGCAAGAAGUUGAACAAGUACGGAAGCAUUACAAAAUUGUCUUUAUUAAAGCACCGACGCCUCCAACGCCGAAACCCGUAAAAUUACCACAGCAGGAUGAACACAAGACUUUGGUUUAUGUUUUGGUGAAGAAACCUGAGGCUGAGCGACCAAUUGAAGUACCUUCGACGACGGAAGCUUCGAGACCGGAAGUGUUCUUUAUCAAAUACAAAGAGAACAAACCUUCGAACGCGUAUGGACCUCCGCCAAAUUGAAAAAAAAAUCUUUAAAAUUAAGAGUUGAAUUGUUUUAAGAGUUUAUUUUGAAAAAAUAAAGAA